AUGGAGAAAGAAAAUAGUCAAGUACAAUUUCCAACAGGAUUUGUCAAGACGACAGACAUUAAAGCACCAGAAGUUCGUCACGAAGUAGCCCAUGGAAAACUUCCUUACGAUUUUUCAAAGCCCAUCGCACGAACGGGUGAGCCUGCUAGAAUAUACCCAUUUACUUUAGACCCUUUUCAAGAAAAGGCCAUUGCUUGUAUUGAACGGGGGGAAUCUGUUUUGAUUAGUGCCCACACCUCGGCUGGUAAGACGGUUGUUGCGGAAUAUGCUAUUGCUCUAAGCUUAAGAAACAGGCAGAGAGUCAUUUACACGAGUCCAAUCAAGGCUCUAAGUAACCAAAAAUAUCGAGAGUUACAGUAUGAAUUCAAGGAUGUCGGCUUAAUGACUGGUGAUGUGACUCUUAAUUCAAGUGCUAGUUGCCUAGUGAUGACCACAGAGAUUUUACGUAGUAUGUUAUAUCGAGGUAGUGAAGUCUUACGUGAAGUUGCAUGGGUUAUAUUUGACGAAAUUCAUUAUAUGCGAGAUAAAGUGCGUGGAGUUGUUUGGGAAGAGACUAUCAUUUUAUUGCCACACAACGUACACUUUGUCUUCUUGUCUGCUACAAUUCCAAAUGCUCUUGAAUUUGCCGAAUGGAUAUGUGAUAUUCAUCAACAGCCAUGCCAUGUGGUAUAUACCGAGCUACGUCCAACGCCUUUGCAGCAUUAUCUUUUUCCUGAUGGUGCAGAUGGAAUAUAUCUAGUAAUUGAUGAAAAUGGUCGUUUUCGCGAAGAUAACUUCCAAAAAGCAGUUUCUAUAUUAGAAAAUGAUCAGGAGAAAUCUAUAUUUAAUGGACGCAAUAAAAAAAGUCAAUCUGAACAGACUAAUGUGUUCAAACUCAUUAAAACUUUAAUGGUGAAAAAUCUUAAUCCUGUUAUUGCCUUUGCUUUUUCCAAAAAGCAGUGCGAGAAUUUAGCGAGGCAAAUGAGCACUAUGGAUUUCAAUAAUGGGGAUGAAAAGGAGCUAAUAAAAAAGGUUGUUGAUAAUGCCAUUGACUUGUUAGCAGAGGAAGAUCGAGACUUGCCAUGGUUCCAUAACUUAUUACCGCUGUUACAACGUGGUAUUGGUGUACACCAUUCGGGUUUAAUACCUUUUAUGAAAGAAAUUGUAGAGCUUUUAUUUCAGGAGGGCUUAAUAAAAGUGCUGUUUGCCACGGAAACAUUCGCUAUGGGAUUAAACAUGCCCGCGAAGACAGUGGUAUUCUGUGAACUUUCUAAGUUUGAUGGUACAAAGGCAAGAAAUAUAACGUCUGGCGAAUAUAUUCAAAUGUCUGGUCGUGCUGGUAGAAGAGGAUUGGAUGCACGUGGUUUUGUUGUGAUGAAUGUGGAUCAUAAUAUUUCACCCAAGGAAUUACAAGAAAUCUUCAAGGGUGAAGCCGAUCAUCUAAUUUCAGCUUUCCAUUUGAAAUACCAUAUGAUUCUUAAUAUGUCAAGAAUCGAAGGUAUAAGCCCUGAACACAUGUUAGAACACAGCUUCUAUCAAUUUCAAAAUGCUGCCCCUAUACCGCGUUUGAAAGAUGAGUUGUUGAGAUUAGAGGAGUCUUCACUGAUUAACAUACCUAAUGAAGAAACCGUUGUUCUAUAUCAUAAUCUUCGAGUACUUUAUGAAGAUUAUGAAAGUCGCUUAAGAGAUAUUAUUUUUGAACCUCAAAACUGUUCGAAAUAUUUACAACUUGGGCGAGUGGUUAAGGUUAAAAUCAAUGAUAUGGACUUUGGAUGGGGUAUAAUAGUACGCUAUGAAGAAAGAAAGCGCCAAAUGUCCUUAUCUGUCGGUACCAUGUUGUUAGCUCACCCCAAAACCAAACAGAAAGAGGAAGUGACAAUCAUAGUCCGAGUAUUGUUAAAAGUUUCUGCUGAUUCAUAUACCAGUUAUGACGGAAGAGAGGUUGAUGUUAGGCCAUGCCCGCCGAACCAACCAGGAAUAUGUCUGGUUAUACCAGUGGAUUUAAAGAAUUUGCAAGUUUUGAGUCAAUAUAGAUUUUAUCCAGGUGAUGAUUUGGAACAUGAGGUUUCCCAGAGACAAAUAACAUAUAAAGGUGUUCAAGAUCUCAUCAAGCAAAAUCCUGAUGGUAAGCCGUUGGAUCCUAUAGAGCAUAUGGAAAUCAAAGAUAGAAGACUUGAUGAUCUAAUCCAAAAAUUAGGUGUAAUUAAAUCUCAACUUGACUGCAAUCCAACUGCUGACAGCCCGGAAAUAUAUGAACUUUAUCUCAGGAAACUUGCUAUAAAAGAAAAAAUUUUAGAUGUCCAGAAAAAGCUUAGAAAUUCCGAAUUAAUAUUACAUCUUGAUGAAUUAAAAAAACGAAAGCGUUUACUUAGAAGGCUGGGAUAUCUUUCCAAAAAUGAUGUAGUUGAAUUCAAAGGACGUGUUGCAUGUGAAAUUACUUCGGGCGACGAAUUGGUACUGACAGAGUUACUUCUGAAUGGAAUUUUUAAUGACCUCUCUUCCGAAACGACUGCUGCUUUGUUGAGUUGUUUUGUGUGCGAUGAGGUAGUGGCUUCACAAAAAGAACAACCUCCUGUUCCCCUUUCUGAAGAAUAUUCGGGAUUGUUUCGUCAAGUCCAAGCAACUGCUCGAAACAUAGCUGAUUUAACUGAAGAAUGUGGCAUUCCCAUUGAUAAAGACAUAUACCUUGCAAGCUUUUCUUCAGACUUGAUGGAUGGUGUAUUUCAUUGGUGCAAAAACGCUACUUUCAAAGAAACUUGUGCUCGCAUAAAUAUGUUUGAAGGCAAUAUUGUGCGAAACUUUAGAAGCUUGGACGAAUUAUUACGUGCAAUGGUUUCAGCGGCAAAAAUAAUAGGUACAUACGAGCUAGAAU